AUGACGGAGCUUCGACCGGGCUCGACACCCAAACGAACUGUCUCCUUCGGUCCGUCCGAUACCGUCACACUCACUACCUCCGACACCCCUGCCAACAACAUCAACGGUGCCAACGCAGACGCUGCUGUCUCGUCCUCCUCAUCCGCAUCCUCGUCUGGUGAACCGAGUACACCACGAAGCUCCACCAACCCGUCGCCGCCCACCUCUGUCCUCAAAUCCGCCAUGAAACCAGGCGCCGAUCACAAGCGACUACCCCCGCCCACGCAAUACCAGCACCCGGACCCGCUGCUCCGUCGUCUCCGACUUGUCGACCCCCACGGCGUUCCCGUCAACCUUCGCUCCACCUUCCGCGACACCAAAGUCGUCGGCUUCUACUUCGCCUCCCAAUGGGCCGGUCAACCGCUCAAAGAGUACCACUCCGCCAUCUCCGACUUCUGCCGUCGACAUCCUCACGAGUUCAAGGCGAUCUACGUUUCGGUGGAUGUCGACGAGCAGUGGUACAAGGCAGGUGUCAAGGACAAACCGUGGAUCUCGAUGGUGUGGAACGACGGAUCUAGCAUGCCUGCCGAGCGACAGGAUCGGACCGUUUCGGUCAACCAGAAUGGAGAUAUGGACGAACUUCCGAGGCUGUACAAUAACGAGGAUUUCCUGCUCGCGAAUGAGCAGGAUAUCGAUGAGAGUCUGAGCCAUACGGAUAAGAGCGGCGAGGCGUACCUACGUCCCUUUUCCAGAGUCCACCUGGCAGCGAAACUCAACAUCAUCGCCGCUCCCACCCUGUGCAUCUACCACGUGGAAAGCGGAAGGAUGUUGGAGUGGAACGUAAGGAUGGGCAGAUUGAGCAGCGCAAGGAGGGACGAGACGUGGGAGAAGUGGAGGAUGGGCGAGAGCUCGAGGACUUGGGGUGUGAGGGAGGCGUUCCAGGUGGCUCCGUACACCGUGUUGGUCGGGGUGGCGGCGUUGUUGUACUGGCUGUUUGUGAGGUGGAUGGGCGAGGAGUGGAAUUUGUUGAGGAGGACGUUGCACAGCGUUCUGGAGGGGAGGAUGGGUGGCGGGUUGGAGGUGGUCAAGGGUGCAGUGGGGGAUGAGUUGUAG